ACCUUCCAUUGAGACUCGACUACAGCAUUCCUAUUCUCAGUGACUAUGAACGGCGAUAGCUACUCUUCUCGCGACGCUGGCCGGCACGGCUCGUCCAGAGAUUACCAGCGCCGUGACCGCGGUGAUAGGGGCGAACGCGAUGACCGACGAGACCGUGGAGACCGUGGCGGCGGCCGCAGGCGAUCCAGGUCUCCAGGCUAUCGAGGUGGAGGCGGAGGCGGAGGCGGAGGCGGACGUGGGCAUCGCGAUGAUGGCGAGGUCGAUUCCUACUCUUCGAGUCGCCGGCACCAGGAGCGCGAACGCGAGGACCGCUACUCUGGUGGCGGCGGCGGGAGAGACCGGCGUGCGCCAGACAGGGAAUGGGAUCGCGAUCGGGGCGCUGGCAGACGCGACGCUCGCCGAGACGACGACGACCGGAUGGACCGACGGCCUGGCCGGGAUCUGUUCGAGGACCGCAGAGGAGGCGGCCGCCGAGACGUCCACAAUAGGGAGCAUGAGCGCGACCGCAAACGGAGCGCAUCCCCCCCGCCGAAGAAGCGCGAGCCCACCCCAGACCUUACCGACGUCACCCCCAUCCUGGAGCGGAAGCGCCGCCUGACUCAGUGGGAUAUCAAGCCGCCAGGCUAUGAGAAUGUUACGGCCGAGCAGGCCAAGUUGUCGGGCAUGUUCCCUCUGCCUGGCGCCCCACGGCAGCAGGCCAUGGACCCCACGAAGCUUCAGGCGUUCAUGAACCAGCCUGGCGGAGCCGUCAAUAGUUCUGCGCUCAAGCCGACAAAUUCACGCCAGUCGAAGCGUCUAAUCGUCUCGAAUAUCCCCCCCACCGUCACUGAGGAGGAUGUCCAGGGCUUCUUCAACCUGCAGCUCAAUGGCCUGAACGUCGUCGACAGCGCCGACCCUUGCGUCCUGUGCCAGGUCUCGCCCGACCACAAGUUCGCCAUGCUCGAGUUCAGAACUAGCGCUGAUGCUACUGUAGCGUACGCGCUGGACGGCACGACGAUGGAGGCAGCCGAUGCCAAUGCCCACGAAAACGGAGGCGCUCCCGAGGGCCUCAUUAUCAAGCGGCCUAAGGACUAUAUUGUGCCGGCUGUCGCCGAGGUGCCCUAUGAGCCAGGUGUGAUCUCGAAUAUCGUGGUCGACACUCCAAACAAGAUCAGCGUGAUGAACAUCCCCCCGUACCUGUCUGACGAGCAAGUCACCGAACUGUUGGUCAGUUUCGGCGAGCUCAAGGCCUUCAUUCUCGUCAAAGAUAGUGGCACCGAGGAAUCGAGAGGUAUCGCCUUCUGCGAAUACGUCGACGGUGCUGCCACCGAAGUCGCCCUCCAGGGCCUCAACGGAAUGGAGCUCGGAGACAGGAGACUGAGAGUCCGGAAGGCCAGCAUCGGCAUCACCCAGGUUUCUGGCGAGAUGGGCGUUAACGCCAUGUCCAUGCUUGCCGGGACCACGUCUACAGAUCCAGAGGUUGGGAGGGUUCUGCAGCUGCUCAACAUGGUUACUCCUGACGAGCUCAUGGACAAUGACGACUACGAAGAAAUCCGAGAGGAUGUCAUGGAGGAGUGUUCCAAGUUCGGCAUCGUCGUCGACCUCAAGAUUCCGAGACCUGUGGGUGGGAGUAGGCAGUCGGCAGGUGUAGGCAAGAUCUUUGUCAAGUUCGACACGCCCGAGACUGCCAAGAAGGCCUUGGAAGCCCUGGCCGGACGGAAGUUUGCGGAUCGGACAGUCGUGACAACCUACUUCCCCGAGGAGAACUUCGAUGUCAGCGCAUGGUAGAUAGAGGCAUUCAGUCUAGGAUGGUAUGGUGUCAGGGUAGUAUGGUGGUGUCGUAGAAGAUUCGGGGAGCAACCCAAGGUAUUCGUCUGCCGGCUUCGCUUGGGAUCAGGCGGGUUCUAGCACAAACGUCUCCGGGCAUCAUGAUGUACAGUAUUCCAUAUGGAUUUGGGCGUUCAGCAGCUACUGGGGUGAAAACGCGAUAUGCUCUGUGCUAUAUGACCUUGAAACUGAAGCAGCUCGACUACGAGUCCACACAAUUGCGACCAGACUUCCCAGAGGCCACAAAAA